UUGACGUUUCUGUUGAUGAAGACGGAUUCAAACACAUUUAUUUUUCUCCUUCUGGUUGUCAACAUAGAUUUAAGAGCCGAAAGCGUGUUUCUGUUGAAUAUACUUUUUUUUAGUGAGAAUAGCACAAUUUUUACGGUAAACUCUAAAUAAAUUUGCAGUCCAACAUGGAUGAUCUGUUCGGAGAAUUUGACGUCCAAGAGGAUGCGAAAGUGACCAAUCAACCCGUCAUUUCGUCAGUGCCGACGGUGGAAAAGCGUGCACUGGAAAAUGAAGACGAUGUGUCAUUUUCGGCCAAGAAAACCAAAAUGGAAUCAAUUUUGGACGAUAUUAACCUGGAAGAUGUAGAGUCUCGAAUAAUGGUUCAUGUCAUUGAGAGUCCGGAUGCGUGCACACAUGAAGUCGCUGUUUAUCCCGGCCAGGAAUACAUCCCUCUGAAACCGGCAACAGCACCACCAGCCAAAGAAUAUCCGUUCGUUCUGGAUUCAUUUCAGAAAGAAGCAAUCCUUUGCAUCGAAAACAAUCAGUCUGUGCUGGUGUCGGCACAUACAUCAGCCGGCAAAACUGUGGUUGCUGAAUAUGCUGUGGCUCGUUCACUGACUAGCAAACAGCGUGUUAUCUACACUACACCCAUCAAAGCCCUGUCCAAUCAAAAAUAUCGUGAAUUUAGCGAAGAGUUUAAAGAUGUUGGUCUAGUGACGGGCGAUGCUACUAUCAAUCCAACCGCAUCAUGUUUGAUUAUGACAACUGAAAUUCUACGAAACAUGCUCUAUCGGGGUUCGGAAAUAAUGCGAGAAGUCGGCUGGGUCGUUUUCGACGAAAUUCACUACAUGCGUGACAAGGAGCGUGGUGUCGUAUGGGAAGAAACAUUGAUCCUUCUACCAGACAACGUUCACUAUGUGUUCCUGUCUGCAACAAUUCCGAACGCUCGUCAAUUCUGCGAAUGGGUUUGUUUUAUACACAAACAGCCGUGUCAUGUUGUCUACACAGACUAUCGUCCGACACCGUUGCAACACUACAUAUUCCCUGCCGGAGGUGACGGGAUACAUUUGGUGGUCGAUGAAAAGGGGAAUUUCAAGGAAGAUAAUUUUAAUACGGCCAUGAACGUGCUGCUGAGUGCUGGCGACGCAGCCAAAGGCGAUCAAAGGGGUCGAAAAGGUGGCAUGAGCCAAAAUGCCAGUCAAACGAAUAUUUUCAAAAUUGUCAAGAUGGUCAUGGAGAAGAAUUUCGCGCCGGUCAUCAUAUUCUCGUUCAGCAAAAAGGAAUGCGAAGCAUACGCAAUGCAAAUGGCCAAAUUGGAUUUCAACACGCUAGAUGAGAAAAAGCUAGUGGACGAAGUGUUUAACAAUGCCAUGGAAGUCUUAUCGGAGGAAGAUAGACAGCUGCCGCAAGUGGAAAACGUUUUGCCUCUACUGAGACGAGGCAUUGGAAUCCAUCACGGUGGACUGUUGCCAAUUUUGAAGGAGACUAUUGAGAUUCUGUUCGGUGAAGGAUUAAUCAAAGCUCUCUUUGCAACCGAAACAUUUGCCAUGGGUCUGAACAUGCCGGCAAGAACGGUGUUAUUCACAAGUCCCCGCAAAUUCGAUGGAAAAGAAACACGAUGGAUUACUUCCGGCGAAUAUAUUCAAAUGUCUGGUCGAGCGGGUCGACGUGGUCUCGACGACAAGGGUAUCGUAAUUCUGAUGAUCGAUGAAAAAGUGUCGAAAGCGGUCGGAAAAGACAUAGUACAAGGAAAACCGGAUCCAAUUAAUUCUGCUUUCCAUUUGACAUACAACAUGGUCCUCAAUCUACUACGCGUUGAAGAAAUCAAUCCCGAGUACAUGCUGGAACGGUCAUUCUUCCAAUUUCAAAAUCAGUCCUCCAUACCAAUACUGUAUAAGGAAACGCAGGAGAAGCAAAAGGAAUUCGACGAAAUUCACAUACCAAAUGAGGAGAACAUUGCGUCGUAUUAUCAGAUCCGCGAACAACUAGACAAUUUGGGCAAACAAUUUCGAACGUUCAUUACGACCCCAACCUAUUUGGUUCCAUUCCUACAGCCCGGCCGAUUGAUUAAAAUCCAGAACACUAACAACGAAGAGUUCGAUUGGGGCAUGGUGGUUAAUUUCAAAAAGCAAUCCGUUCCGACGGGUAAGAAUCCGCUAGAAGCAGAAUCAAGUGUCAGCAUCGACGUGCUGCUACAUUUGGAUGAAGACAGUUUCGAGAAAUCAGUUUCGAAGCCAUGUUUACCGAACAAAAAGGGUGUCGUUGAAGUGGUUCCAGUGGUUCAUACAUUCAUAUCGAAAAUUUCUUCUCUACGGAUAUUGUGCCCGGCUGAUCUGCGACCAAAAGACAGUCGACGACGCGUUCUGGGUAUCAUAGCUGAAGUAAAAAAACGUUUCGAAAAUGAAAAACUGCCAUUGCUGAACCCCAUCACCGAUAUGAACAUUAAGGAUGCAGGAUUCAAAAACAUUGUUGAUCUGAUCGAUCAAUUCGAGAAGAAAUUGUUCUCGCAUCCAUUGCACGAGUCACCGCAGCUAGACGGGCUGUACUCUGAAUACUGUCAAAAGUUGCAGGUGGAAAAUGAGUUAAAAAUGCGAAAAGAUUCGCUGCGUAAGGCGAAAAGUUUGCUGCAAAUGGACGAAUUGAAAUAUCGGAAACGAGUUCUGCGACGAUUGGGAUAUUGUACAUCAACCGAUGUAAUUGAGUUCAAGGGUCGUGUGGCUUGUGAAUUGAGCUCGGGCGAUGAACUCCUAAUCACCGAAAUGAUCUUCAACGGCGUAUUCAAUAAUUUGUCGUCUGCACAGUGUGUAUCGCUACUCUCAUGUUUCGUAUGCACCGAAAAGAGUUCAGAAGCUCCAGCAUCAGCUGAAGAACUUUCCGGUCCACUGCGUCAAAUGCAAGACUUAGCUCGCAGAAUAGCCAAAGUGUCAGUCGAAUGUAAAUUAACCGUUGACGAGGAGCAAUACGUGGAGAAAUUCAAACCAUUCAUGAUGGACGUGUGCCUAGCUUGGUGUAAGGGUUCAUCAUUUUCGAAUAUUUGCAAAAUGACAGACAUCUACGAAGGUUCGAUCAUUCGCUGCAUGCGACUGUUGGAAGAGCUUCUACGGCAAAUGUGUCAGGCGGCAAAGACGAUCGGAAACACAGAUUUGGAAAAUAAAUUUUCCGAAGGCAUUCGGCUACUGAAGAGAGACAUAGUUUUUGCAGCAAGUUUGUAUUUGUAGGGCUCUUUGUAUUGAAGUAAAUUUGAAGAAGCAACAAAAUCUGUUUUUAAGUCAAUAAAAUCAGUUUACAAGCUGGCUGUAUAGCUGAAAUUUUUGUGUAG